AUGGCUCGGCUGUGUACUGUGCAAUUUAACGAUAAUUGGGAUCUUGGUUCAAGUAAUUAUUUUCAGGUGCGAGAAUUGCGAUCUCUUUGUGAGAAUAUUCAGAUUGGAAGUCAUGACAAGAUUACUUGGAAUGGUAGUCUCCAUGUUAAAACUUCUUCUAUUUAUUUUGACAUUUCUGAGCAUAUUCCUACGCCGAGAUGGGUCCCCUUUAUCUGGCAUAAUUUUCAUGUGCCUAAGUUCGCUUUCACCUCCUGGCUUAUCCUUAAAGGGAGGUUGUUAACCAAAGAUCGAAUGCUGAACUUUAGUAUGAAUGCUGAUCAGAGGUGUAUCUUAUGUAUGACUCAUAAUGAAAAUCAUGAACAUUUGUUUUGUGAUUGUGACUACACUAAAGAGAUUCUUAAUGCUUGUCCUGUUGGGGUCAGACACUCUUGGGCGAAUUAUUGCAAUGGGGAUUUCUUUAUUUUCGACUUGGAUCAAACUGAAAUGAAGGUGGCUUCUCUCUAUAUUUCUGCUGCUUAUUAUCAUUUAUGGGCUGAGAGGAAUCUAAGGGUACACAAUCCUGGUCAAUACAACUCCCCCGGAAAUCUUAUUAAAGUUAUUAAAGAGGCAGUGCGUGGAAAGCUAUACAGUUGCAAAGGAUUUCAGAGAUUGGCUAAUCAGGACCCCACCAUUCAUGGGUUUUUGUAUUAA